AUGGCAAAAAAAUAUGAAGGACGUGCUGUUGGAAUAGACCUUGGAACAACUUAUUCAUGUGUUGCUGUGUGGCUUGAUCAUCAAAAUAGAGCAGAAAUUAUUCACAACGAUCAAGGAAACAGAACCACACCUUCUGUUGUUGCUUUCAAUGAUGAUCAAAGGUUGAUUGGUGAUGCUGCUAAGAAUCAAACUUCCUCCAACCCAACAAACACGGUAUUUGAUGUUAAGAGGUUAAUUGGUAGGAAGUUUAGUGAUCCUAUUGUUCAAAAGGAUAUAAGGUUGUGGCCAUUCAAGGUUAUUUCCGGAAUUAAUGACAAACCCGUGAUUACCCUUAAGUAUGCCGGUCAAGAAAAGAAAUUUCGUGCAGAGGAAAUAUCAUCUAUGAUCCUUACAAAGAUGCGAGAAGUUGCAGAGGCAUAUCUGCAGUCUCCCGUCAAGAAUGCCGUUGUUACUGUGCCAGCUUACUUCAAUGAUUCUCAGCGAAAAGCCACUGUAGAUGCUGGUUCUAUUGCUGGCCUUAAUGUGAUUCGGAUAAUCAAUGAACCUACUGCUGCAGCUAUUGCAUAUGGUCUUGAUAAGAGAAGUGACUAUAAUGGUAAACGAAAUAUUUUUGUCUUUGACCUUGGCGGUGGUACUUUUGAUGUGUCUAUCCUUACUAUCAACGGAGAUGACUUUGAAGUGAAAGCCACGGGUGGAAACACUCACCUUGGGGGAGAAGACUUUGAUAACAGAAUGGUGGCCUACUUUGUAGAGGAGUUCAAAAAGAAGAAUAAACUCGAUAUUAGUGGUAACCCAAAAUCUUUAAGGAGGUUGAGAACUGCUUGCGAAAGAGCAAAAAGGAUACUCUCUUUUGCUUUUGUAACCACAGUUGAAGUAGAUUCUUUAUUUCAAGGAAUUGACUUCUUUUCAUCAAUUACUCGUGCCAAGUUUGAAGAAAUUAAUAUCGACCUAUUUAAGAAAUGUAUGACAAUUGUUAAGAGUUGUCUUGGUGAUUCAAAGAUAUACAAAAGUGAUAUUGAUGAUGUUGUUCUUGUGGGUGGCUCGUCAAGGAUUCCAAAAGUGAUGGAACUAUUGCUAGACUUUUUCAAGGGGAAGGAUCUUUGCAAGGGUAUCAAUCCGGAUGAAGCUGUUGCUUACGGUGCAGCUGUUCAGGCUGCAAUUUUGAGUGAGGGAUUUAAGAAUGCCCCAAACUUGGUGCUGCGAGAUGUUACCCCAUUGUCACUUGGUAUCGAAGCAGAUGUUGGUCGUGUCAUGAGUGUGGUGAUUCCUAGGAACACUUCUGUGCCUGUCAAGAAGACCCGAAAAUAUGGUACUUCUAAAGAUAACCUUAUCGAUGUCUCAAUUAACGUUUAUGAAGGUGAGAGAGCAAGAGCCGCAGACAACAAUCUGCUUGGUUCGUUCACCGUUUCUUGCCUUCCAGGUGCUCCUCGUGGCCAGCCGUUGGAUGUUUGCUUUGCCAUUGAUGAAAAUGGUAUCCUAACUGUUUCUGCUAAGGAAAUAUCUUCAGGUAGUACAAACAAGAUAACCAUAACCAAUGAAAAAGAAAGGUUGUCAACAUUAGAAAUUAAGAAAAUGAUUAAAGAAGCUGAGAUAUACCAUGCGGAAGAUAUGAAAUUUUUAAGGAAGUCCAAGGUAAUGAAUGCAUUAGAUUCUUGUGUUUACGAAAUGAAGAAUGCUUUAAAGAAGAAGGAUGUUAAUCCAAUCCUUUCUCCUCAAGAAAGUGAGAAGAUCAACAAUGCAAUUAAUGUGGCCAUGAAUGUUCUUGAUGAAAAUAAUCAUCAGAAAGAAAUAGAUGUUCUUGAGGAUAAUCUGAAGGAGUUGGAGAGCAUGUUGAAACACCUUCUGGCAAAGACCGGCUAG